GAGGUAGUAAAUUAAUUAUGAGAAUCACCGAGUUGGGAACUGGGGGAAGAGACGUGUUACUUUUUCCAAUGGAAUUUGGAACUAUUACUGCAAGCAGCGUGGGCUGAUAAGGAAUUUGAAGAAGGAACAAACAGGUUCCUACUUUCUCUCUCCGAUUCCCUCUUUGAUUUUCUCUCGCUUUAAUUUCAAGAGUUGGGUUGUCUAUGGAACUAAUCUCAGAAAAGGCUCUUUUUCCCAUACUGAACAAAGAUCCAAACGAGCUUUUGAAAGCGAGGACUGAGACGUUUUGGGUAUAGCACGUCUUCCCUCUCUCUCUGCCAUGGAAAAGGACUGGGGCCUGGCUCUCCUAUGUGUUUUGUUUUAUGGGUCUGUGAGAAUUCUGCUGCUCUUUUGAUCCUGUGGUUUAAAGGGAACCGACCCCACUUCUGAAUUUGCUGUCAAAGCGAUAAGUGUUCAUCUGGAAUCUGCAUCUAUCAAGUACCCACUUAAGUUGUUUUAACUUUCUGCUUGGAUUGCUCUGCUCAUCAGUCAUCGAAGCUUGAAGCCUGGGAUUAUGGUGAUUUGAAAUUUUAACUUGGUGGGUGUCCAUUUCUUAAUCAGUCUUUGGCUCUUGGGUAUAGAGACUUGAUGUGAAGUUUUGUGCAUGGUGUCUGCUUCAUCUUAUGUUAUUCGGGACAUGCGAACUUGCCAAAUUGAGGAAUCGGCCAUCAUCCACUUUGUUUCUCAGCUUUAAUUAGCCGGCGUGGAGUUCGUAGCUGGGGUUGAAUAUAGAUCUCAAGUAAAGAUCAGGCCUCCGUGGUUGGGUUUUAUUGAGGAUUUUUUUGACUGGGUUCAUUUGAUUGGGUGUCUUUUCAAAUUGGAACUAAGAUGAAUUCUCGAGUGGAAAUCGAUGAGGACUCUGAAACGAAGGGAAGUAUGUGGGUUCUAGACCAGAAGCUCGAUCAGCCUAUGGAUGAAGAAGCUGGGAGACUUAGCAAUAUGUACAAAGAAAAGAAAUUCUCCGGAUUGUUGCUUCUUCGACUUGCAUACCAAAGCCUUGGAGUGGUCUAUGGAGAUUUGGGGACUUCUCCCCUGUAUGUUUUUUACAAUACAUUUCCUCGUGGAAUUUCUGAUCCGGAGGAUGUAGUUGGAGCACUUUCAUUGAUUAUAUACUCUCUCACUCUCAUUCCACUCAUAAAGUAUGUGUUUAUCGUGUGUAAAGCAAAUGACAAUGGUCAAGGUGGAACAUUUGCUCUCUACUCCUUGCUAUGUCGUCAUGCAAAAGUAAAAACUAUUCCAAACCAACAUCGAACUGACGAGGAGUUAACAACAUAUAGCCGCUCUAAAUUUCAUGAGCAAUCGUUUGCUGCUAAAACUAAAGGAUGGCUUGAGAGACAAGCAUCCAGGAAGAAUGCGUUGCUUAUUCUUGUCCUUGUUGGCACUUCCAUGGUAGUUGGAGAUGGAAUUCUCACUCCUGCAAUAUCGGUUUUAUCGGCUGCGGGAGGUAUCAAAGUAAACCACCCCCGUGUGAGCAAUGAUGUAGUUGUGCUUGUUGCUGUUGUAAUACUAGUAGGACUAUUCAGCUUGCAACGCUAUGGUACUGAUAGAGUUAGUUGGCUGUUUGCUCCAGUUGUGCUACUUUGGUUCCUAUUAAUUGGAGGUAUAGGCUUGUUCAACAUCUGGAAAUAUGAUAAAAGCAUUCUAAGAGCCUUUUCACCUGUGUAUAUUUAUCGCUAUUUUAGAAGGCGGGGGAUGGAUGGUUGGACGUCCCUCGGAGGUGUUCUGCUGAGUAUAACAGGCACAGAGGCUCUGUUUGCCGAUCUGGCUCAUUUUCGUGUAGCAGCUAUUCAGAUUGCUUUUACAGUAGUUGUUUUUCCUUGCCUUCUCUUGGCAUAUUCUGGACAAGCUGCCUACCUUAUGAACAAUAAAGACCAUGUGGUUGACGCCUUCUAUCGUUCAAUCCCAGAGUCCAUAUAUUGGCCAGUGUUCUUUGUUGCAACUGCUGCUGCUAUAGUUGCUAGUCAGGCAACUAUAUCUGCAACAUUUUCAAUAAUCAAGCAGGCUCUUGCUCAUGGCUGCUUUCCCAGAGUUAAAGUUGUCCAUACGUCAAAGAACUUUCUCGGCCAGAUAUACGUUCCUGAUAUUAACUGGAUCCUCAUGCUUCUUUGCAUUUCUGUGACAGCAGGAUUUAAGAAUCAAAGCCAAAUUGGAAACGCAUAUGGGACAGCAGUGGUGGUAGUCAUGCUUGUGACCACAUUGCUUAUGAUUCUAAUCAUGAUCUUGGUGUGGCGCUGUCAUUGGGUCAUCGCCAUGAUUUUCACCGGAUUGUCGCUAAUCGUGGAGUGCAGUUACUUUUCUGCUGUUCUCUUCAAGGUUGAUCAAGGUGGCUGGGUCCCCCUUGUGAUUGCUGCAGCCUUUCUCAUCAUCAUGUAUGUGUGGCAUUACGGUACUGUUAAACGAUAUGAAUUCGAGCUGCACAGUAAAGUUUCAAUGGCAUGGAUUCUCGGGCUUGGUCCCAGUCUUGGACUAGUCCGCGUUCCUGGAAUUGGACUCGUGUACACCGAGCUAGCAAGCGGCGUACCUCACAUAUUUUCCCACUUCAUUACAAAUCUGCCUGCCAUUCAUUCUGUUGUUGUGUUUGUCUGUGUGAAAUACCUUCCAGUCUACACAGUGCCAGAGGAAGAAAGGUUCCUGGUAAAGCGGAUCGGACCCAAGAAUUUCCACAUGUUCCGUUGCGUCGCGAGAUACGGUUAUAAAGACCUCCACAAAAAGGACGAUGAUUUUGAGAAAAAGCUUUUUGAUAGCAUCUUCCUCUUUGUGAGGCUUGAAUCCAUGAUGGAAGGAUGUUCAGACUCUGAUGAGUACAGUUUGUAUGGUCAGCAAACUGAGCAUUCAAGGGAUGGCCUGUUGAUUGGCAACCAUGGAAAUGGAAAUGCAGCUUCAUCCAAUGUGGACACAACGUUCUCAUCAGUUGACUCGAUCGUGCCCGUUAGAUCUCCCGUGCGUUCAAAUAACACGGUAAGAUCAUCUGGGCAGGCAAGCAACCACACCGAUAGCGACGAGAUAGAAUUCUUGAUUAGGUGUAGAGAUGCUGGGGUGGUGCACAUACUGGGGAACACUGUAAUUAGAGCAAGAAGGGAAUCAAAAUUUUACAAGAAGAUAGCUGUUGAUUACGUUUAUGCCUUUCUUAGGAAGAUUUGCAGGGAGAACAGUGUGAUUUUCAAUGUUCCUCAUGAGAGUCUAUUAAAUGUUGGCCAAAUUUUCUAUGUAUAGUUUCAUUUUAUUUAGUGAUGGAAUCAAAUCUGUUAUAUAUACUUUGGAAAGCUUUAAUGCAGCAUCAUUUUUUUGCAUGAC